AGAUUGCUUGGGUAGAUUUCUAGAGUAGACGGUGGAGUAGCAUAGCUCGACAGUGAUUCUCUGAUCAUUACCCUAUGUGCUGGAAUUCUUCCUAAAAUUUGAUUAUAUUCUGUGUUUUUGCUGUUUUCUGGAUCAUUCAGCAUUGCUGUUUAGAGUUCCAAUGGAGUACUAGCCUGGUACCUGGUGGAAUUAUCACAUAAGGUCACCAGUGAAUGAAAACGGGACCUUGUUGGGUGAAGCAAGCCGAUAGUUUUCUCCGUCAUCUGAUACCAAAGAAUCCAUAAUGCUGCUGCCUUCGUGCUUGAGAUGCUGGCUAACUUCAGUCACCAUCUGUGUCCUCCAUCUUUUCUCUACAUCACACGCAUCAAGCAGGUGGAUAGAUCAAGAGCCAAAUCUUAUAUCACAAGACAGCUUUCAAAAUUUCCGAUCAUUCCAAGGUCAACAUUUUGGAUCUAUGACAUUGAACAGUGAACAGAGAUUGCUGAUGGUCGGAGCUCAAAAUGCUUUUUAUCAAAUCAACUUGGAAGAGCCGCUCGGCAGCCAACAGGGUAUCCAGAACUACAGUUGGUCCUCUGAAUAUGUGACGAUUGAGAACUGUUUAAUGAAAGGUGUUGAACAGUGGGAAUGUCAGAACUUUAUUGAGGUUUUACAGAUGAAUUCUGCAGAUAACAACAGGCUGUUUGCAUGUGGGACCAAUGCACAGUCACCCAAGUGUAGAUACUUCACAGAUUCCUCUCUUCAAGACUAUGUAGAAUCAGAUGGAACCUUUAUCAGUCCUUUCAACCCCAAGCAAGAGGGUACAGCUCUCUUUGCAGAUGGUAACCUAUACACAGGUGUUGCCAGGGACUAUACUGCUAGAGACUCCGUUAUAUUCAGAUCACAAGGGACACAAAAAGUACUUUACACUAAAAUAAUGGACUCAACAUGGCUCAAGAUUCCAGCAUUUAUAAAGUCCUUUGAUGUAGGAGACUGGAUUCUGUUCUUCUUCAGAGAGGUUGCAGUGGAAUACACAUCAGGAGAGGGUAUUUAUUCCAGAGUUGCUAAAGUUUGUAAGAAUGACCAAGGAGGAAGUUGGAUAUCGGUUAAUGAAUGGACAACCUUCCAAAAGAUUCGUCUAAACUGUUCGUUACCUGGAGCAAUUCCAUUUUACUUCCACUUCCUCCAGGAUGUUGAAAUGGUGGAAUCUGAAAAUGAUACUCUCUUCUAUACAGUCUUCACUACCGGAGGUCAUGAGAUUCCUGGCUCAGCUGUAUGUGUAUUCAGUCUGAAUAAGAUAAGAACUAUCAUGAAUGAAGGAGAGUUUAAAGAGCAACAAGGAGGGGCGUGGUAUCCCGCCUCCCCACCACCACAACCACCACCAACACCCCCAAGACCAGGAUUGUGUGAUGCCGACUACCAAAGUUCUGCUUCUUUACUGCAAUGGAUAUCCUCUCACCCUCUCAUGCAUGAAGCCGUACCAACCCACAAGAACCCACUACCUAUCUUUACACUCACGAGGGCAGACUACAGGUUAACACAGAUCAUGGUCCAUAGCCAAAGAGCCGUUGAUAGUAAUUACCAAGUAUUAUUCCUCGGAACAGAUGAUAGCAAACUCUUAAAGGUUGUCCUAGUUGAGACCGAAGAUGGCGCUGUUCAUACUAAUCUCUUGGAGGAGAUCAGCCUUCAUCCUAAAGACAGCUGUGAGAAAGUUAUUAACAUGGAGCCAGUUACCAACCAUGAAGGGAAACAAGUCAUUCUAGUUAACACCAAUAGCUCUAUCUUAGAGGUUCCAUUGCAGAGGUGUAUAAACUAUACAAGUGAUUGUACAUGUACACAAGAUCCUUUCUGUGUGUGGAAUAGUAUAACAGAUGAAUGCUACGAGUAUACUGGAGAUAAUGCAUUUGAUGAACAAGAUGUCAGUAACAUGCAGGAAUGUCCAGAAGAACCACCACCACCCACUACCCCCCAGCCUGAGUGUAUAUGUGAGACCACUGCACCGUCUGCUGCAGCCACCACUAAAUACACCACCGUUAUGGCCACAACACCGUCGACGGUACCACGGACAACAACCGCCGUUCCCACCACACCCAGCACAGUGUCCACAACAAUUAUUGAUUGGACAACUACUGUGAAUAGUUCUACCGUACUACCAGUAGGUAGUCAUCAACCAUCAGAAUCAACCACUGAUGGUGAAUUGACGGGCGGUGAGGACGAUAACAACAUAUCAGAAGGCAAGCUACCCUCUUCCCUGCCCCCUUCUACCACUAUCAGCAACGUCAUUGGUCCUGUCGUCAUCUCUGAUGUGGAUAUUUUAGAGGUUGCCACGACGAUUACUAAUGAAGUAGAUGAUAUCCAUGGUGAUAAACGUAUACUAAGACCAGAUGUGUAUGAGUAUCCUCAGCGGAACCACAGUCUGAUGGAGGAAGGUAACGUCCUGGUCCUGGUCUUCCUAAUCCUAGGCUGGAUCCUCUUCACGUUCUGCGGGAUGGUCGUCCUUUAUCAGUGCUACAACCAACAUCAUAAGGGUAUCUAUCAACCUCCUUCCAGUGAUGAUAGCAUCCUGAGUGCAAGAAUGAAGACCAAGGAGCAGAAAGACCUCCUCUCUACCCCAAACCAGAAUGGAAAGGUGGGCAAUGGCAUCCCACUGGAGGUCCCGUGGUCGCCCCCCUCCCGUGCCACCCACACCCCUGCAGGCAGGGAGAGAGACUCUCUUGGACCAGUCAACGGCCACAGCUUACCUAGACGGCCCGUACCGGUACCUACGCCCAUGGUUCCACCCGCAUACCGAUCCCCCGUCUCCUUCGCUCACACGGUAGGCUCCUUGCCCAGCCCAGCCCGCAUCAACAAGUACAAGAACAACACCAGCACCUUUAACAGCCUUGACAGGCACAGGACACCACAGAUACAUAAUCUGUACGUGGAGCACCCACGUAGCCAUGCCAAUGAACCUUACUCACCUUACAACGGGCGGGUGAUGACAGCCGAAGACAGGAGGCCAUCGGGUGCGUCGGACAGUGAGAUGUACGACGAUGACGUGUGGCAGCCGAGGAUGGCGGGGGAGGAGUUGGUAUGACUAUUACACCACCAUCAGGGUCAACCUGUUAAAGAGAGACCUCUGUGGACACAGUCCAGUGAGGAGCUCGGAGAUUUAUCUCUUUAAAGUAAAGACUUGUAGCAGUACUCUGUGUGAAGCACUCUCAUUCCACUCUGGAUCAAGCCAUAGACAUUGUGGAUGAUUCGUAGCUCUCGCUUCACUGGCUGGUGCAAAGCCAGUAUAAUGCACUGCUUGUAGAUGUCAUCAGAGACCGCUGGAUCCAAAGAAACAAUGUUAAACAUAGUUCUCUGAUGUAUCUAUCGCCAUGGCAAUGCUAGCACACAGUAAUACGCAAUCAUUGCAAGUUAUGUAUGCGGAGGCACAGCACGCCAUUCCUGUUGUAUCACUGAGAUGAUUUGAUCACAAGGUGUAUUCCUACCAAUGUCAUUGCUUGCAUCACCUCGAGUGUUUGAUUAUUCCAUUUCAGAUGAGCUUCAGGAUUAAAGGCUUAAUGAUGUCAGUAUGAUCAUCAUUGAAAAAAAAAUCAUGUCUUCUUAUUCUUGAAACUAGACACUUUAGUUCUGGUUUUGUGGCAGAUAAAGAUAUUUACUUCCACCCAAUGUCUUGAAGUAAACUUUUAAAAGCAAGUACACCUCCCUCUAUUGACUGCCAUCUUCCAGUUAGUUCAAAUGGAAAGGUUUAGUCAUAUAGCCAGUCACAAGAGUAAGAAAUGACGUAUGGAGACUGUGUUGGAGCUGCGAUAAGAAAAAAAGUAGUGGGGAUUGUGCAAAUAUUGAUUUUUAAAAAAAUAUUGAUAAAAAAUGAAUAAAAAAAUAUUAAAAAGACAUGUAGAACUAUUCAAAAAAUAUUCCUAAUUUUUUACAAGAAUAGAAUUUUUCUCUAUUUUCAAAUGUAGACCAAUUUAGCGAUUGGUAAUAUUCAUGUUGUGACCCCUGAUAAUUUUAUUAAUGGUGUGUGUUGUAGCCUGCCUUAGAUUAGCCACACAGUCGACCCUUUCUUCUAACACAGCUAUGGCGAUUCUGCAAGUUCUUUUAGACGUCACUACAUACAAGUACACUUAAGUAAGCUGCAGUUCAAGUAUUAACGAGUUUAAAAAGUUUAAGUACCAUUUUUUUUUAGCUGUCACCCACACUGCAUACAUAUACACUUGAAGCUUUUAUGUGAAGGAAUAAUGGGAGGGGGCUUCUCCAUUUCAUGGAGAUUUAUAGUAGUUUCUUUUUUGAAAAGGUAAUAUGCAAUGCAGUUUAAUGUUUGCACCAUGAACUACACCUAUGCAAUUAUGAGUUAUGUUGUCAAGAUUCAUUCUGAAAUCACAAGUGUUGUUAUGUUUGGGAUAGAGCUGUAUCAAAAGAAAUGUGAGUAAUGGGGCUGGGCGAUACCUGAAGCAAAACAGCUUAACAAAAAUCCAACUAGGGUCCAACAAAAUCAGAUCAUUUGUAAACUAUGGUAUGUAAAACUUGUCAAUUGCACAUAUAAAAUCACUUAACAAGCAAUGAAAAAAUCACUUGUUCAAGAAAGAAAUGAUAAAGAAAUUACAUAAUGAAAGCAAUCUCUCUGUACUUUAACCCCUUUCUUAAAAUUUGUCUAUUCUUUUUCUUUUGGUAAUUUGUUUAUAACCAAGAUAUAUGUUUUUGACCAUGGAUUGAAACUUAAUGAUUAACCCGUUUGAAUGAUUUUGACAUUUCUUGACGAAUAAUUUCACUAACACUGUACAAACUGCUUUGCGAUGAUGAAAGUGUACUAAUUAUAUAGAUGUAUAGAACUUUUAAAGGAGCUAUUGCAUAAUGAGUAGUCGGUGUUGGGGAUUUUGGAAACAUGUCUGCAAUGCAGA